CCACUGGUACGUCUCUUAGUCCAAAACUUCACAACAGAGAUGUAACUCUACACAAUUGCAAGGAAAAGGAAUGCUGGGUUUCUGAGCUAUGUAGCUUAUUCUUUUCAGAAAGUGGAUUUUUUUUAUGGAUUAUCUCCUAAAACAAAUAUUUGGAUUAUCAAGAGGUAAAGCUUUUACUGAGGUGUCUAAGAGACGGUGCAUUUGUGUCUUUCCUCGUGACGAGGGCAGUCGUGUGUCCCCUGAGUAGUGGUCGGGUGUCCUCAGCCAUAAUGGAGGCACUGAAACCUGAGCACGUCAGGCGCAGGAGCUGCACCAGCCGCCGGACGCCAACCCCACCCCAUACAGGAGGCAGCCGAGACCUGGCUCACACUGACCACCUGUUCAGAGCCCCAGACUGGAGGAGGAGGGCUGGGGAGUGGACCAACUGGGAAGGCCUGGAGGAGGAAAAGAAGGAGAGUGGGGUUUCUCCUCAUCGACAGCAGACACCCCGAACACAGCAUGCCCGCAGGCCUGCAAGUUGCAUCGAGGGGGGCAAUAGAAUGGAUCGCUGGCUGCAGGAGCUGGAGGAGAUGCAGAGGAGACGCAACUCAAGUGUUGGCGUUGGUGGUGGACUUCGUGGCUAUUCCAGCGGCGCUGGUGUCCCUGUUGCGCCGCCUCUAUCAGACCGCACCGUGUCCAUGCCUGUGCUUCAGAACCAUCCGGCAGCGGGUCGAUUCAUUCGCCACACCGACUCCCAAUCGUCACUUUGCAGUGAGGACUUACCACUCAGCCUCACAGCCAGCUCGAGUGCAACCCCGCUGGGAAGUGAUGAGUCGCUCUGGCCCCUGGACGAUACCGGCAGCAGUGAGAGGGUCUGUAUCAGACAGACACCCAGAGCAGAGUACACCAGUAUGAGCUCCCUGACCUCGGUCAAGAUCAGAUGGCUUCCCAUUCAGAGGAGGCUGGUUGUGAACGAUGCUCCUAGCCACACCAAUCGCCCUCAUGGAACAACCCAGAACAACCCCUGCCAGGUCAAAAUGAAGCCUCCUAUCACACCCGUCUUCACUAAAAGUGCUGUGAAGUCAAAUGGCUUUGGACACCUGGAUGGAGCAGCGGAGAGGUGUCAUGGCCGCCCGGCCACUGCUCCUGUCAAGACGUGUGUGUUGCCUGGACAGACGGCUGCCGCCUCUUCCUCAUCCCACCUUACUCAGUCUGCCAGCAGGGAGCAGCGGACCUCAGUGGGGAGAGACGCCGACCGCCCACAGCACUGGCACCCUCCCUGGAGAGCCUGGCCAGAGCGGAGAGAAGCCCCUGUGUGUGGGGACCCUUCCAGAAAAGCCACUCUGCCCAGGAACAGCUGCACGCAGCCCCCCACUGACACACUCCACCCUACCCUCCACACCUCCGCGCCCCAAACCAAGAAAAGCUUCUCGUCCAUCACCAUCGCAUCCAGGAAGGUGACUCGCACCGCCAGUCUCCCAGAAACAGGUGCCCCGCCGGGUCUGGAGCGGCCAAGAUCUGCCAGCCCAGCGGGCAGCAUGAGCAGGGGCGCCGGUGCCGUGCCCGUCCUCCUCAGACGCAGGGCUGUGGUGGUGAAGAUGACCGAGAGCAGGGAGACCAUCUGCUCCAGUGACACGGUCCAGGCCACUCGGGCACAGAAUGGCCCCCGCACUGCCCACGGAGCUGCAGCAGAUCCAAGGCAUGCGCACGGCGCUGAACCGGUGGUCCUCAGGAGGAAGGCCACCAUUGUGAAAGUGACAGAAGAGAGGGAGAGCUACAGAAUCAGUCCAGUGUCAGGCGGAGGUCAGAGCCAGGCCAGGAGGUCAGAGGUCAGAUACAGUUACACUGAGGGGCUGCAGCCCUCACGCUACUCUUGGGACCCCCAGACCCGUCCUCUGGAGGCAGCCGAGAGGAGCGUCCCUAAGCUCCAUCGCUCCACCAUCUCCCUUCAUCUCAGCACUCCUCCCUUCACUAACCCUGCAGGAGAUGAGCGCGCUGAUGCCGGCAGGUCCACGGGACAGAGGAGACCGGUGAGUUUCCACGAGGGCAUGUUGUCCCACCCACAGCCUGCCUGGGAGUCCCUCUCAGAUCUCCUGCCUCACAGGGCUUCCUGCCAGAGACCAGGGCUUCCCCCAAAGACCUCAAGCAAGGUGUCCCCAUCUGCGAGGUCUGUGCACCCAGAGGCAAGAAGUCUUCGGCAGGCACAGGAGCUGACGGAGGGAAAGCCUUUGCCUGGGGCUGUCCGUGAGAGCCAGCCACCACCCACACUCAUCAAUAGCAGCGACUCCUCCCAGCUGACCCCGGACACUAUCCUGGCCCUCAAUGCAGCCACCAUCAUAGCUAAUAUCAAACUCCAGAGACAGCUGAGCAAGAGGAAGACAGCCAGCGACAGCCCAGAGACACAGAAGAGUCCUGAGACACGGACGAGUCCUGAGACGAGUCCUGAGACACGGACGAGUCCUGAGACGAGUCCUGAGACGAGGCCUGAGACACGGACGAGGCCUGAGACACGGACGAGGCCUGAGACACAGACGAGUCCUGAGAUGGGAGUGGCAGUGGGAGACGCCGGGAAUCCUGGGAAACCUCCACUGCAAGAGCUUGACAAAGUAAGACAAGUCACCAUGACAGAGGGACAGCUGAGACGUCCGUAUGCUGAAUUUGUCUCCCUCACUCCCAGUGUCACUCAGGAAGCUUCAAGUCUGAGAGAGGCCCUGUUGCUCCACCGGCCUGGCUUCAUCAGCCGCUCUGAGGCCAGAGUGAAGGCGCUCCAGAGCAGAGCCCAGCAGAGGAGGAAGGCCCACCUCACCACUCACCUGCCACCACAUGCUAACCCCAACAGAGCAGCCCAUACCAGGCCAAGCACUCACAGCGAUAACCUUUUCAAACCCAGAGAUAAAGACAUUGUGGGGAAGGAGACGCAGCACAGAUCCCGGCGGAGCCAUGGGAACCAGCCUGAGAUGAAACGCAGGAGAGAGGAGGAGAAGAAGAAGACCGUGUCGCUGACCAACAGGCUGCGAAUGGACGUCUUUAAAAAGAAACUGUUGGAUCAGCUCCUCCACAGAGCUACAGACUGAGGACCCACCGAAGACCAGAGCUCCUUCACUAUUUCGUCUGAGCUUUCCCUGGAAACAUCUGGAAUCCUCAUCACCCACGCCAACAGCUGCACCUCCAGUGCCUCUCUCAUGCUAUAUGCAGAAUUUCCCCAUUCCACAGUAUCGCAGAGGACUGAACUAAUUGUUUGAGAUGAACUGCGGUUGCCUAGAGGAACCAGCCAGUGUCUUGGAGAUGGUUGUGAAGACACAGACAUGUCCUUUAUGCUGAUAAUAUUAUGUCCACUACAGCGCUAAUUGAGCACCUUUACCUGGGUGUCUGUUCUAUGGAGCACAUGAGUAGGCCGGAGACCUUCUGUUCAUAAUUUCACCACAUUCGAAUACAAUGAGAAGCAUGUGCUGUGACUGCAAAUAAAAUCAAUAUAAAUUCAAAAGCAGCAUAGC